AUGAAGGCCUCCUUUGUUUCUCUCAUCGCCGCCAUGGCUACUGGCGCCAUGGCCGCCCCUCUGCUCAACGCUGUUGACGGUCUGACCUCCACCCUCGGCCUUGCAAAUAUCGUUUCAGACCUGGACCUGAAAAACAUCCCCGUUGUCUCCAAGGUCGGUGACCUCACCACUCUACUUGAUCUCCCCGCCACUUCUUCUGCCAGCGAGUCCGUCACCAAGAACGGCAAGCUCGUCCAGAAUCUCGGCCCUGAGCUCGACAACAUCCUCACCAUCACUGGCCCCAACGUUAAGACUCUACUCAUCGAGCUUAGCCCUGAGGUUACCGCCCUCGUCUCUGGCCUUGGCCUUCCCGGCCUCGGUGUCCCUCUGGGAUCCAUCGUUGCCUCCGCCAGCUCCCUCGGCGAUCUCGUCUCUGGCCUCGGCCCUACCGUUGAUGGCCUCGUCACUCUCGUCGGCGCUGAUGUCGGUGCUCUCCUCGUCUCUCUCUCCCCCGAAGUUGCCGGCCUCGUCUCUGGUCUCGGUCUGCCCACCGUCGGUGUCCCCGUCGGCACAGUCGUUGCUACCCUCGGCACCAGCCUGAAGCGCGGUGAGAUCCUCCAAGACCUUGCCCCCGCCACCAAGGACACCAUCACCGUCACUGGCUCCAACUCCAAGCAGCUCCUCGUCAAGCUCAGCCCCUCCGUCACCUCCCUCGUUGCCGGCCUCGGCCUGACCACCAUCUCUGGCCCCGUCGGCUCCGUUAUCAAGACCGCCGGUGGCGUCGGUGACCUCCUCGAGGACCUCUCCGUUCCCCUCGAGCAGGUCCUCAUCAUCACCGGUGACGAUGGCCAGAAGCUGCUUGUCCAGCUCAGCCCCUCCGUUGUCUCCCUCGUCGCUGGCCUCGGUCUGACCGGCGUUGCCACCCCUGUUGGCGCCGUCGUCUCGACCGUUGGUACCAACCUGUAA